AUGUUCGAUCGUAAAGUAAAGCUUAACAGUGGCUAUGAAAUUCCAAUGCUAGGUUUAGGUACUUGGAUGAUUAACGACGAAUCUAAAAUGGAAGAAUCGAUACGAAACGCUAUUAAAAAUGGAUAUAGAAAUAUUGACACUGCUUUAAUAUACAAAAAUGAAAAAUUAAUUGGUAAUGUAAUAAAAAAAUUAAUUAAAGAAAAAGUUAUUAAGCGUGAAGAUUUAUUUAUAACAUCAAAAUUGUGGAAUACAUAUCACGAAGACCCAGAAAAAGGAUUGCGUACUACUUUAGACAAUUUACAGUUAGACUACCUUGAUUUAUAUUUAGUGCACUGGCCUGUAAAACUGAAAUCAGACAAAGAUUUUAACUUUGUAGAAAACGAGAAUGGUCAAAAAAUCGUAGAAAAAUACGACGGUGUUGCGCUUUGGAAAAAAAUGGAAUCCUUAGUUGAUAAGGGGCUUACAAGGUCAAUAGGUGUAGCCAAUCAUGGGAUUGAAAAUUUACAAAAGAUACUGAAUGUGUGCAGAAUUAAACCUGCGCUAAAUCAAUUUGAAAUUCAUCCUUAUCUUUCACAAAAUGAAUUGGUCGAUUAUUGCUUUAAAAAUGGAAUAACAGUAAUGAGUUAUUCUUCAUUAGGCGGUCCUAAUCCCAAUAACGUCAGUUUAAAAGAUGAUAAGGAUAUUAAAGCCAUAGCAGAGAAAUAUAAAAAGACUGUUCCACAGGUAAUACUUAGUUGGUUAAUUAUGAGAGAUAUACUUAUUAUUCCUAAAAGUGUGAGUGAAGAGCAUAUUAAAGAAAAUGCAGGAAUAUUUGAACUUUCUAAUGAAGAUUUUCAGAAGAUCUCUAAAUUAAAUAGAAAUUAUAGAUUUAAUCAAGUUUCUGAUUUAGGACCAGAUAGAUUUAAAUAA